AUGUCGGUUAGUGAUGAGGAACAUAUACGUUAUCUGUGGAAGAAUGUGAAUAGUUGUAAGGUGGUUAUUUUAAUGGCGAAGGUUUGUGGUUGUGAUUCCAAUGGUUCUCAACAUACCUCUUUGUUGUGUCCCCCGGGUAACCUGAAAGAAUGUAUUGAUUGGAUUCUAUGUGUUUGUGGUAAAGAUGGGUUGAAUGGUGGUGAUGGUUCCACUGAUCUCGGUAAGGAGGUUGCGAAGUUACUACAGAAGGCGGAAAGUUACUUGACUGAGGAAAUUAACAAACACAAUGGUGCUAAUGGUGCUGCCAAAACGAAACUUGAAAAGGAUAAAGAAGUGCUUGAAACAGUAAAACAACAGUUGAAUCAAAGCAAUGGUACUAAUUUGAUCAAAACAUUGGCCGAUAAGUUGAAAGCAUUCAUUGGUUACAAUAAUGGUAACUUGAACGGUAGUGGUAUUGGUAACAAAGGUAAUGGUAAUGGUACAAAGUACACGUCCUCCUAUAAAGAUGACGCCAACUGGAAUGCCACCUGUAAUAAGAAUGACCAACAACAAUGUGCUUCAAUCUUCCUCGGCACUAUCCCCGUAAUUUUCAGUGGUUUGACCUAUUUGUAUUGGCAAUGUGAUAAAGGUAAUGCUAAAAAUUGGACCACGGGUAACAUUCACGAAACCAACCCGCUCGGCAUCUAUUUCGUCUGCUCAGGCUACGAUAGUAAUCAACUAAAUCAGAAUAAAAAAGCUAAUGCUGUACAAGAAUUACUUGGCCAACAAUUCACAGAAUUCACAAACGGUGCCAAAGUCAACGGCGACUACUCGAAAUACAUCAACGAAGUACUAACCAAAACUAAAUCUGGCAAUGCCAACGUCCACCCCCUCUCCAGUCUCUACAUCGCAUCGCAAUACCAUUUCCAAUCUACAUUCAGAAAUGGUGACCCUAAUCGGGUCCCCUGUAGUAUAAGGGAAAUGCUCUAUUGGCUCAUGGCUCUGCCCUAUAGUGGGUGUUUCCAGCUAGCACCUGAUGUGAUAAAAAGUGCUAUAACUAAAGUCACUGAAAAUUCUGGCACAAAGGGUAGCAUUGAAUUCGUUAGUGGUCCUACCUUAACCACUAACGAUCCUCACUCUUGCUAUAUAUCAACAACAUGCCACUAUGCCGCUGUGGUCCUAUGCACUAUGCAAGGAACAAUUUGUGACAACACAACACCUAAAUCCCCAAAGGGCUUCCAUGACAUCUACUCUAAUACUGCUUUCAACUUUGAAUAUCCCACUACAGCUAAUGCAUUAUUCCCUGUUCUAUGGGACAUCGUUUACUUUUUAUUGACUCAAUUAUAUUUCCUCAAAAGACAAUGUAAAUUCGACUUGGGAAAUGCUUGCGGUUGGUAUUAUUGUAAAUACGGCACUGCUAUUAAUACCAAUGGCACUGCCGUGCUCACACCACUAAAAUCAUGGAUAUGCCAACAAGCUGAUUCCAAGGACCACACCCAAAAAUGCGGCUCCACCAACCCCUCCCCCCUCCAAGCUUUCCUAACAGAUUGUCUAACCGGUUUCCAAUGUGCCAAUGAUAACACGAAGUUACCUUACACCGACCAUAUUUCCCAUCGUCAGUUUCAUUUAUAUUGCCCCGUCCCUAUGGGAUUCAACAAAGACUGUCUAUCACAGUCUCCUCGCGCGGGUUACUGUAUAUAUUGGAUACUAUAUUACUCCACUCAAGACAAAAAUGACCGUAACUCCGUCAGUCUCGACAACAUAAUCAUAUGUCUAAUGUGCUGCAGCCUACGUACCCCCCGUACAGUCGGUGAUCUCUUCUCUUUCUUCCUCCAUGCUGGGUUUUUCUUGAAAAAUGGUGGUGUCGACACAAAAAUACCAUGGAAUUGUAAAGAUGCCAGCUCCAUCACUGACGCUCUCAAAACCGUAGCUGGCAAAAAACAUAACGGCACCAAUCACAGCUCCGAUGCCGACCUCUACACCCUCUACAACAGUGAAUGUAACAAAGACAAAACCUGUGGCAAUUACCUCCAAUCGCUCUCCUAUAGUAUCUAUUGUAAUAUCUCUGAAAUUUUCGCUAUGUCCUAUCUAUCACGUAUUGUGUACCUCACGGAUGUCCUCAAAAGUGGUCUUAAAGUAUUACUUACAGAGUUCAACAAUCUUAAAUGUGAACACUGUACGCAUUGCAAACAUCAACACAAUGCAGGUGAACAUGGCAACCAAUGUAAAUGUCCCACCAUCGUCCAAUGCGGUGACGUCCUACCCCUUUUCUUCAAAUACGGCUUCACGUACUAUUACGCAGCUGCUUUAAAUGGUUACGACUCAAGCACUGGUAAAACCAAACCCGACUGGCUCCGCAUAUGCCACCAAUUCUCCACGCAGCUCACAAAAGUCAUCAACAACGCAUUCAAACAACUCCUCGACGCAAUCAACCAAUUCCUCACCUGCAUCCGCCAACCCUUCCUCCUAUACCUCCUCACCUUCUGGCUUGUGGCCAUUCUAUACUUCAGCUACUCUCUCACAAUAUCACUCGACGUUCUACAUCUACGGUCACACCUACACACUGCCGUCCUCACACCACUAGUACUACUCACCAACUACACACAACCACAUGACAUCACCUACUUUACACCGUAA